GCCCUCCGCGCGGUAACAAAGGUGGCGAUCAGAGAAGCGAGGACGAGGGAACUGAGGCAGGAGCUGUUGAGGAGUGAGACUUUGAAGAGAUACUUUGAGGAAAACCCCGCCGAGCUCUCCCACCUCCGUCACGACGGCGAGCUGGGCCACAAGGCGAGACAGCAGGCCCAUCUGAAGCACGUCCCUGAUUAUCUUUUGCCCAAGGAGGCAAAGAAGGAGAUCACGAAGGGGUCGGUCGGGUUUGUGCCGUUUAAGAAGGUGGACAAGGACAAGAAGCACAGGGGCAAGUUUGGGGCGAAGGGGAAGGGGAGGUCGUUCAAGGUUGGUGGGGGGAGGAAGGGGGAUCCGUUGAAGACGUUCAAGGUCAGGAGGAAAAAGUGA